UUAUUGCCACAUGUGUGCAGGUUCCUGUGGAGGCCAGAAAGGGCGUGAGGGGUCAGAUCCCCUGUAGCUGGGGUUACAGGCAGUUGUGAGCCCGCCUUACUGCUGGCAUGAAGUCUUGCCCUCUGCAAGGGCAGCAAGCGCUUUUCACCGCAGAGUGGUCUCCAACCCUGAGCUGAGAGAUUUAAGAUUAAGGUGCAUUGCAGAGACAGGCUUUUCCACAGCUUCUGUAGGAGGCCCAGAGGCCUCUGAGCUUAGCUGGUUAGGGCCAGCCAUGCCUGAACACUUUCCAGUCCAGCGUUUUCCGUGGAAUGUCCGAGCAGGAAAACUUAUAUUUAUAAGAAUGUGACUGAGACUCCAAGGCACAGUGGAGUUUAAGAGGAGCGUUUUUGAGAGGCUUGGGACUUAGUUCAGUUGGUAGAGUGCUUGCCUAGCGUGCAAGGUGUUCUGGGAUUAAGCAGAAACAGAGUGGGGAUGCCUGCUGUGAUGCUGGCCUGUAAUGCCCCACUCAGGAGAUGGAGGCCAUUCUCAGCUACAUAGGAUGCCAGAGGGGCCAUCUGUGAGGAAGUUUCACCAUCUCAUUUCCCCCUUUGUGGGCCAGCAGGUGGUCAGGACAGGGGGCAGCAGUAAGAAGAUGCCCCCUGCCACCCUCCAGUCUCUGUGGCUCCAGGAUACCCAGGUGCAUGGAAAAAAAUUAUUCCUUCGCUUCAAUCCUAAUGAAGAGAUGGAACCACCUGGUAGGAACCCACCGCCAGAGCCUCUUGAAGGAGGAGCAUGGCUAGAAGAGGCCGUGUGUACAGAGCCAGUCUCCGUUCCCAAUGCCCAGGAAACCUCUACACGCCCCUCUGGAUCUGGGGAACCCAUUCCCAGAGGAUCAGAUAGCCCUGAUGAUCUUGGGGGCCACAGCCCUGCAGCAGGUGCCCAGAAGUGGCUGGAGGUCAGGUUCGGUUUGUUUGGCAGCAUCUGGGUGAACGAGUUCUCUAGAGCGAAGAAAGCUAACAAGAGAGGUGACUGGAGGGACCCUGUGCCGAGGCUGGUCCUGCACUUCGGUGGUGGUGGUUUCCUGGCAUUUUAUAAUUGCCAGAUGUCUUGGAGCCCUCCCCCAGUGGUUGAGCCCACCUGUGACAUCUUGUCUGCAGAGUUCCAUCGAGGACAGGCCUUGGAGGCUCUGAGCCGGGCUCAGCCUGUGUGCUACACGCUUUUGGAUCAGAGAUACUUCUCAGGGUUAGGGAACAUCAUCAAGAAUGAAGCCUUGUACAGAGCAGGGAUCCAUCCCCUCUCUCUGGGUUCACUCCUGAGUUCUUCCCGUCUGGUGGCCCUCGUGGAUCACGUGGUAGAGUUCAGUGUAGACUGGCUUCGGGACAAGUUCCAGGGCAAGGAACGGCACACACAGAUCUACCAGAAGGAUCAGUGCCCUGCAGGGCAUCAGGUCAUGAAGGAGAUGUUCGGGCCUCCAGGUGGAUUCCAGAGGCUCACCUGGUGGUGCCCGCAAUGCCAGCCCCAACUGCCAUCCGAAGAGUACUCCUAAAAUGCUUGGCCUUCUCCAUGGGACUUUAGCCUUGGGGACCCAGAUGCCUGUGUGUCCUGAGAGGAGGGUGUGGGCAGGGAUGGGAUUAGAGGCUAGGGAUAGUCUGGAGGUAUCACUGGAUUAUGCCUUAGGCACAACCAUCACAAGGGUAGAUGGUUACCUUUUCUAGUUCAGUUAGGGUUUUUGUGGUUUUUUGGUUUUUUUGUUUGUUUGUUUGUUUGUUUGUUUGUUUGUUUUGUUUUUUUGAGAUAGCAAGUUCCAGGCCAGCUGGGGCUGUGUAGACCAGGCUGGUCUUGAUCUCACAGAGGUCCACCUACCUUUGCCUCCUGAGUUCUAGGAUUAAAGGUGUGCACCACCAUGCUUAGUUUAGUUCAGUUAAUUUGAUAUAAUCCCACUCACCAAGGUGUCAAAAUCCUCACACUGGGCUGGGAAAACCCGCUCUGAGGGAUUGCACCUGUGGGGAACAGCUGGGCUGGGCUGCCAGGCCACUUUUCAGGUAGUUUGCUGUGUUUUGGAAACUGGUCCAUUUAAGGUCCUCUGUUUUCUUGCCUCUUCUCCCUGGAAGGACCAAGGAUGAGGGCGGAGCCGCAAGAAGGUUGUGCUGCCCAGCUUCCUGCCCCAUGCUUUCCAUUGUCUGGAGACUCCAGGGUGGACAGGGAGGUGUGCCCAGUGGUGUGAUGAAAAGCUGCUGGUUUACUCCUCUGCUGAGUAUUUGACUUGAUGUUUGAACAGUUCAGGUGUCCCAUCUGGUUGUCAGCAGCACCUCUGUGAACGAGAACAGUGAUUGAAAAUAAAGCUCUGUGUUAUUUCCUGUCACCUUCA